CUUGAGCAACGGGUUAAAAAAAAAGAAUAAAAAUUAAAAAAAAAAAAGUAAAAAAGUUUAGAAAUACCUAUAAAAAGAUUAAAAGAAUGGAAACCCUCAAGUUUCUGUUAAUCUUCUUGGCUGCUUUUGUAGUAAUCGUUCAUGCCGAUCUCCCCCAUUUCGACGAGUACUGGAAUGUGCGAGCGGUUGAAGCCAAACAAAACACCAUUGAGGCUUAUCAUCCUGAUCCCUUCAAUGUCACCAACAAAUUUAACUACCUAGUUAACCAGGCCACUAUAGAUCUCAAUGGCACAAGAAGGAGCCUAUUUCGUAAAAAUAGGAAGAAGGGUGGUCCAUGCGUGGCCACUAACCCUAUUGACCAAUGCUGGCGGUGUAACCCCAGAUGGGCUGAAAAUCGAAAGAGGUUAGCAGAAUGCGCCCUUGGCUUCGGUUACAAAACCACCGGUGGAAAGAACGGCAAGUUUUACGUAGUCACUGAUCCUUCAGACAAUGACAUGGUUAAUCCUAAACCUGGAACCCUUCGCUAUGCAGUGAUCCAAAAAGUGCCUCUUUGGAUCACUUUUUCGAGGAAUAUGAAUAUCAGACUCAACCAAGAACUCAUAAUGACCGGCGAUAAAACCAUUGAUGCUAGAGGAGCUCAAGUCCACAUUACUGGUGGUGCUGGUCUUACUCUUCAGUUCAUCAAGAAUGUAAUCAUCCAUGGCCUUUAUUUUCAUGAUAUUGUUGUUGGCUCCGGAGGAAUGAUCAGAGAUUCCGUUGAUCACUACGGAUUAAGGACUCAGAGCGACGGUGAUGGGAUUUCCAUCUUCGGCUCCACCAACGUUUGGAUUGAUCAUGUUUCCAUGUCCAAAUGCCAGGAUGGGCUGAUUGAUGCUAUAAUGGGUUCAACUGCCGUUACCGUCUCCAAUUGCCAUUUCACCGACCACAACGAGGUGAUGUUGUUCGGUGCAAGCGAUGGCUAUACCGGUGAUACUCUAAUGCAAAUCACGGUGGCGUUCAACCACUUCGGUAAGGGACUGGUGCAGAGGAUGCCUAGGUGUAGAUAUGGUUUCGUCCAUGUCGUCAAUAAUGACUACACUCAUUGGAGGAUGUACGCCAUCGGCGGCAGCCGUAAUCCUACCAUCAUCAGCCAAGGAAACAGAUUCAUUGCUCCAAAUGACUUAAAUUGUAAACAGGUUACAAAGAGGGAAUACGCAAUGGAAAGCGAGUGGAAGAACUGGAAUUGGAGGUCACAGGAAGAUUUGCUGAUGAACGGAGCAUAUUUUGUUCAAUCUGGGAAUUCAAAGAUUAACAGGAAAUUCACAACCCAGCAGAUCAUCAAGUCCAAGCCAGGAUCAUUCGUCAGCAAGCUCACACGGUCUUCUGGUCCACUUGGCUGCGCUGUCGGACGUGCUUGUUAG